UAAAUAAACCGGAACAGCCAAAAUCAGACGAAUUAAAUAAUAAUAAUAGUAAUGAGCACGUUGUUAUUUAUCGCACCACAAGUACACAAAAUCCAAAUAAAAAUGAUAGUUUUGAUAUUAUUGAGUUGCCUCAAACAUCAAAAGAUGAAAUGAAUGGAAAUUUAACGGAUCCGAUAACCGAAAUUUUAGUCCCAGUAAAGUCACUGGAUCCAAAUCGGUAUGCGACGAAGAAAACGAUCGCUCAGGGAAUGCUUGAUAUUGCUUUACUGACGGCCAAUGCAUCGCAAUUAAAAUAUAUUUUGCAGGUGGGAAAGCAGCAUGAGUUUUACACGUUGAUGCUGACACUGAUCUGCAUAUCAAUCGGACUCCAGAUUGCUCAAGGACUAAUAUGUCUACUGUUAGGUUCAUCAUACAAUAUAAACAAAGAAAAAGACCACAAAACUGCAAAUAUAUGGAACAAUGUUGUUUUGUCAAUGAUGAUGUUAACAGUCACUGUAAAUAUUAUUAUUUCAGUGUUUGAAAUGCACGGCGACCCCGCGAGCGACAAUCCUUAAAUAACAUAUAUAUAUUUCAUUAUUUUUACACUUUAGUACUUUAUUUUAUACAUUUACCAGCUAACUUUUUAAAUAAAACCAACUUGUACUAUAAAGUAAAAGUCCCAAUUAUUGACAGUGCGAAAAAUAUAUCAGAUACUUUUAAUGGACCAAUUAUUAAAAUAUGUAAUGUAUAUAAAAUUCCCAGUUUUCUAUUUAAAAUAUAUAUAUCUUUUAAAAAUUUUGCAAGAAGUUGAGCAAGUAAUUAAAUUGAGUGGUGUCAAUAAUUGAGUCUUUUAUUUUAAUUCUUACGCAAAAUGUC